AUGGAUUGGAACUUGAAGUAUGGUGAACUUUCGAAGGACAAAGACUUCGUAGAUAACUGCGAGAAUUUGAAGGAAAAUUUGCAAGAGGUCCAGAAAGUCUUGGAUCAAUUGUUGCCACUGAAGGAACAUUACGAUAAACUGGAGCUUCCGGCGCAAAUUGAACUUGAUCUAUUCUUGGCGUUCACUCUCAAUUCAUUGCACUGGGUCCACUUGCGCAUUCAAGGCAUAGACCCUUCCAAGCAUCCAAUAAAAGAUGAACUUCAAAGGAUAAAAACAGUGAUGAUGAAGUGGCAAGAAGUUAAAGAUAAAGAAAAGCGACCAACAGUGAAUAUUGAAGCUGCUAAAAGAUUUGUGCGUAGUGGACUUUAUGAUCCUUACAAAGCUACCGCCCAACCGCAGAAUAAAAAGACCAAAUUUGAUGAUUAA